GCGCUCCAAGACGAGAACGCGCACGUAGGGACACGGUGUUGAACGACCGCGUCAUAACGUUCAACAACGGCGCGGUGGGUCACGUGACAGCGUCUGCUGCUGGCUGAGCGAAGCGUGUUAGCAGAUUUUUCUAUUUUGUACAUACAUUGUUUUGUAUAUACUGUAUAUGAUGACUUCAGUGGUCAGCAGUCAAGCCCGGGGGACUCGGGACAGAACGCUGCCCACCACCACACAAACAACACAGCCACAGAAACAGUUACAGCCCACAGCAGAACAGAUUCGUUUAGCCCAAAUGAUCUACGACAAAAAUGAUACUGACUUUGAAGACAAGGUCAAACAGCUGAUUGAGGUCACUGGGAAGACUCAAGAUGAGUGCAUGGUAGCCCUCCAUGACUGCAACGAAGAUGUAAACAGAGCCAUCAAUUUUCUGCUGGAGAGCACCUCUGACAUAAACUCCUGGGAGACUGUGGGGAAGAAGCGGAGCCUUGGGAAAGAAGGAGGACCCUCGGAGAUAAAGGAAAACAGGGAGAAGAAAGGAGGAGAGAGGGAGGUUAGUCGCGGACGUGGGGCGUCCAACAGGAGGGGCAGAGGCAUCAGCCGAGGGCGAGAAGGUCGGUUAGAGGAGAAUGGGUUCGAGGUGGCUCCUGGAGAGAGAGGUGGCGACCGUGGACGCAGGGGGCGGGGCAGAGGGGCAGGGGCUCGCGGUAGAGGAAGAGCAGCGGCUGGCAACAGGUUCUCCUCCCAGGGAAUGGGCAUCUUCAAUCCUGCUGACUACACAGCUAACUCUCGAGCUCGCCAGGAGACAUGGGAUGGCAACGAACCUGCUGAGGGAACUGGAACAUGGACAGGCAAUGGGGAAGACUGGGCUUCAGAGGACUGGAAUGAGGAUUUGUCUGAGACUAAAGUAUUCACUGCCUCCUCUCCUCCAGCAAACCACAUCACACCUGGACCCAAUGUGGACCUGGCUAGCCUACUGCCAAAGACUGGAGUGGCUGUUGGAAGUUCUAUGGACUCUGACUUGGGGGCAAUAGUUGAUGGUCCCUCAGCCGAGGAUUUGGGCCAAAGCCUGGUGUUCACCAAUUCCCACCACAAUGGACGCACCGCAACACACAGCUACGCACACGCCACAGCCAACAGCUAUGCCCAUGCUGCCUCUGCUAGUACCAACUAUGCACAUGCUGCACUGUCCUCAGUCCUGGGUUCUGGUUUUGGGUCCCUGAAUGCGCCUAAGCCGACACCUGCCUCUGACAUCAGGACAUCGGAGCAGCUCAACGGCCCUCGGCUUGGUCAGAGAGCCAGUCAGCCAAUGGCCACCGCCAGCAACAUUAGUGUUCCCAAAGAUGCAGGGCCACCUCCACUACAGAACCCUGCUCCUGCUUUCUCCCCCUCUGUAGAAGUCAAGGCUCAAAGAGUGGAAAACGGCUCUGUUACCGCCCACCACUUGGAGAUGAAGCUUCAACCAGAACCAUCAGCGGUGCUCAGCCAGCUGGCUCAGAGGCAACAACAGUCCUCCAUCCUUCCGACCACAGAUCCUCUGGGCCUGUCACAUGCUCCACAGGUUCCCACGCCGCCAGGUCAUGAGUCCUCGGUCUCUCAUAUAAGAGAUGGAGCUUCUCCAGGAUUGAAGUUGCCAGGCAUGGAACCUUCUGUUACAGAACCCCCUCAGCGGCAGCUAAAGACACAGAGACGCAGGGUACCUCCUCUCUCAAAGAUCCCAUCGUCAGCAGUGGAGAUGCCCGGCUCAGCAGAUAUACCUGGCCUGAAUGUUCAGUUUGGGGCUCUUGAUUUUGGGUCUGAGGCUGGUAGUGGAGCGGUAGACAUGGCACAGACGUCAGCCAGGGAACGCACCCAAGUUCAGGGCCCAGCUCCAGCAACUCCAGUACCCAUGUCUCUCCCUACUGGUGUUUCCACACAGCAGCCACAGAGCAGCCUGUUCUCCAAGCCAGGAUCUGUGAGUGACCACAUGAGCAGCUUACCCACCUUACCCGUAGCCGUAUCAGAUCCCAACUUCCCCUCACCAUCCUUGGGCUUACCCAGUGUCACGCCCUCCCCCUCCAUGGGUCUUCCCAGUGCAGCCGCUCCACCCUCUUCUGCAGCCCCUACCGCAGCCAGCCGUGUGGAGAGCAGUGGUCCAAGGUCCCUGCCGCCUCAUCUGGCCUUCUCUCAGAGCAACGAUGUCUCGUCAGCUGCUGUCCUUACAAAUGGCUACAGUGGCAUGAAGACGCAGAGCACACAGGACACUACGUCAUCGUCUAGAACAGUGAAAACGGAGUCUCCCGUUAUGACGAGUGACAGUGGCCACCACAUCUCCUCCCCUGCAGUUGCACUUUCCCACUCCACAGCCAUCCCCUCGCUCAGCAGUCAUGUGACCAGUUCUCACUCAUCUGGAUCAGCCCUCGCCACGAGCUCCGCCCUCACUCAGAUAAGUAAUGAGGAGAGCAACAGUAGCGGCAACCUCCAUGCCUAUUCAUCGUCGUCCAGCCAAGCUGUCCAUUCCGGUUCUUCAGCUCCCAUGGCUGUCAGCAGCUCAAUCACCAAUGGUCUGCACCCAUCUGGAGCACCUGGACUAACUCCUAAUGGCACAAAUGCCACACUCUCAGCUGCAGGCAACCGCACAGCACCCCUGCUCACAACCACCUCUGGUAAAGCUCCUCCAAACUUGGCCCAAGGAGUGCCCCCUCUCUUGGCCAACCAGUACAUCAUGGGCCCUGGUGGCUUGCUCCCUGCUUACCCGCAGAUCUAUGGAUACGAGGACUUGCAAAUGCUGCAGUCUCGCCUUCCUAUGGAUUAUUAUGGUGUAACAUUCCCUGGUACUACGGCUACUAUGCCUGGAAGAGAGAGUCUGGCCAAUAAUCCAUAUUCUGGUGAGGCGACAAAGUUUGGCAGAAAUGAUUCGUCAUCUCCAGCUCCCCCAACCAGCUUGUCUACAGCCGGGGUGCAGUCCCAGCCCCAGCAGGCUCCGCAGGCAGGAACACAGGGGCAGGGCCAGGGUCAGCAAACGCAGAACCAGGCCUUCCUCAACCCCCCUCUGCCUCCUGGCUAUGGAUACACUGGUCUGCCGUACUACGCUGGUGUGCCGGGGGUUCCUUCAGCCUUUCAGUACGGCCCGGCCGUCUUUGUGCCUCCUGCUUCGGCCAAGCAACCUGCAAUGGGCCUGGCCAACCCCUCUAAUCAGUAUCACCAACAGCAUCAGCCCAGUUACGGACAGCAUGCAUAUGGCACAGCCUUUGAUGACCUGUCUCAAGCCCACGGUGGGGAGUACAGUAAGGGAGGGUACGGAGGCUCUGCCCAGUCGCAGGCCAAGUCAGCGGGCAGCGGCCCAGGGAAAGAUGAUUCUACAGUCAAGAGUGUUCUGGAGAAAGCACCAGGGCUAUCAGGGUCGGGUACCAGUGGAGGAGUACCUGACAUGGGAGGUUCAAUCUACAGCAAAGCUCAGUCAUUUGACAAGCAGGGCUUCCACACGGGGACACCGCCUCCCUUCAGCCUUCCUUCAGCGCUAGGGGGAACAGGUCCCCUGAACCCUGGGGGGGCUCCUGGCUAUGCCCCUGCUCCCUUCCUACACAUCCUGCCGCCACACCAACAGCCCCACUCCCAGCUGCUGCACCAUCACCUCACACAGGACGGACAGGGUGGUCCUGGUCAGCGCGGUCAGUCCAGCAGCAUGCAGCAGAAAACCCAAGGCAGCAAGUCCAGCUAUGUUAACUCCCCCUACUGGGCCAACUGAGGAAUGUUUCCCACUCCCCCCUUCCCCAAAAGGCUGUGUGCGUGUGUGUGUGUGCGUGCGUGUGUGUAAAGCUAAAACAAAACAAAAAACAGACACACUACCCUCACAAUGAGCAACCUUGGGCCUCCUUGCCCCGCUCCCCCCACCUCCACAAGUCCUCAUAAGUCUUUUGGGUUCUCUCUUCCCCCCCACUAUUUUCAAAAUUCGUUGUACAUGUAAGAUAUUUAUGUAUGUAUUUAUAUAUAUAUACUGUAUAUGUAAUAGUAGAACAUGAAAUGUGGUUGCUGCAUUUUAUUUUUGAAGGACUUUUUGUUUACUUUUUCAAAACUGCAGGAAAAGAUGUUACAUUAAGACAGAAUAUGAUGAUGAUGAUGAUGGUGAGAGCAAGUGAAGAAGAGAAAUUAUCUAACUUCCUGUAAGAAACAGAAAAAAGAGAGAGCUAUAGCACUGAUUGCGUAUGAGGACAUUUCAGACGGGGGUGGGGUUUAUAAUAACUAACUGCAUCUGUCUCGUCUUUUUUUUUCCCCCUUUUUAUACAUAACUUCCUGAAUGACCAGGCUCAUCCCAAAACUUCAUUUUUUAGCUUCCCGUCUUUCCCCUACUGCCUCUCUCCCUCUCUUCUUCUGGAAGGCUGCCUACUCUCCUUUUAUCAACACCUUCCCUUUAAAAACAGACCUGCCCAUCUAAAUUUUAUAUUUUAAUUUAAUUUUAACCAUUAUUUCCCUCGAAAUAAAGUUCUGAGCAGUUGGAAAUCUGA